UCUAUGAAGACGACAUCGCGGGAGGUGUAAGCGUAACUAAGCGUAACUCAGAAAAACAUUUUUCCCGUUUGCUAACUCUUCACAGUGAAACGACAUAUGAGGAUAUGAUGGUGAAAUGGCUCCCCCCGGUUCAAAUAUUGAGCACCAAGCCUUUGACGGUAUUAAUACACAGGCCGCGAUUGAUCCAGACAGCGCAGCCGAUGGUAAGACAAGAUCCGUCUCCAUAAUUUUUUAUGAGAAAUCAAAAUUUAAAAUUUUUUUUGUUUAUGAGGAAUUUAAUUAUUUUUUUUUUUUUUUAGAUUUUAUCCAAUUCAUCACACAACCCGCCUUUCAGACAGUUAUCGAUCUCACGCAAGAUGGCGAUGAAGAUCCCACCGUCAACGUAACAGACAACAUCCCGCCUGAUUCCGCUCCGGCCCACAUCGAGAAUCCAAUAGGAUCCUGCGACGAAUCACUCCCCGGACCCGCUGACGAACCAGCGAGAAAGAAGACUAGAAAAACGAAUCGCCCCACCUCUCCGGGCAGUCCUGGACCGUGUGACGAACCACCAAGAAAGACUUAUCGUUUUACAGCGGUGGUCCGACCUGAACCGAACGGCGAACUUCCGAGAAAGGCUUAUCGUUUUCCCCCGGCGAUCAGUCCUGAGAGCCCUCCAGAGAGGAAAACUCUCUGUCCGGUACCACCGAACAGCCCCGCGACCAGUCCUGAGACCGAUCUGUUUUAUGCAGACUCGAGUAGAAGCCAUAAGGAUGACGUGACUACCUGGGGCAUGUCUCAAAUCGAUGCCUGGGACCAGAGUUCUUGGACGAGCGAGCGUGACGAGGUGUCUACCACCAACGUGGGUCAAACGCCAUAUCCUUCUCCCUCACCGUCGUCCGAAGAAGUAGAAGUGGAAGAAGUGCCGGCGCCUCAGCCGCUUGAUGAAUCAUUCGACGAUCUGCCUCCGUUUCAUAGCCCCAUUAAUUCGAUACAAUCAUUCGGUCAAGAGUUUCGCGACGCGCAGGUUGACAUAAACAACAAAUACGUCGAACUCCGCGACGUACAAGAUGAUAUUAACAACAAAUUGAUCGCGUUGGGCAACGAGUCUCGCGACAGACAAAUCGAAACCCUUAGCAGAUUAGACGCGUUGCACGGUGAGCUCCGUGCGUAUCACCUCGAGACACGCAGUCGAUUCGAUGCUCAGGAUCGCUUUAUUCAGGAUCUGGCCAAUGAAAUAUUCCAACGCGUCAAUGCUAUGAGAUCGACGAUCGAUCGGCAGUUUGAUAGAAAUGAUCGUGCGGUGACUCAAUACCAAAGGGAAUUGAUGCUAAUAUUGCACCACCUCAUUCUCACCAUCGUAUAUGAGACCGCGGAGUCAAAUUGAAUAUAGACGU